CACAUGACUCAUUUGGGGAUCGCUGAGAAAUUGGCGAUCUGGAUAUCAGGACUCUACAGAAGCGCUGGAAACACUUUAAAGCUAUGAGCGGAUCAGAAGGAAAGAUACAGGAGAGAGGAUACUGGGGGAGUAAAGCAGAGUUUAUUCUGUCUGUAGCAGGAAUUGUGAUUGGUCUGGGUAAUGUUUGGAGAUUUCCAUACCUUUGCUACAAGAAUGGAGGAGGUGCGUUUCUGAUACCCUACCUGGUAUUUGUGGUUACCUGUGGGGUUCCUCUGUUCCUGCUAGAGACGGCAAUGGGACAGUACACAAGGGAAGGUGGAAUUACAUGUUGGCAUCGCCUCUGUCCAUUAGCUGAGGGUAUUGGUUUUGCAGGACAGCUGUUGGUGCUGUACAGCUGCAUUUAUUACAUCAUCAUUCUGGCCUGGGCGCUUUUCUACCUCUUCUUCUCUUUUAGCUCUCAACUGCCAUGGGCCAGCUGUAACAACACCUGGAAUACAGAUGACUGUGUUAAUCUUGCUGCAAAUAAUCCCCUGAACUGGACAACAAAAAUAAAUUCUACCUCUGCAACUACUGAGUUCUGGGAACACAGAGUGCUGUCUCUCUCUGGUGGUAUUGAACAGAUGGGUAAAAUCAACUGGGAGAUUCUUCUGUGUCUCAUUGCAAUGUGGAUCAUAUGUUAUUUCUGUGCCUGGAAAGGAGUCAAAUCUACAGGGAAGGUGGUGUAUUUCACAGCCACAUUUCCUUAUGUGAUGCUAGUGGUGUUGUUAAUUCGUGGGUUGACUCUUCCUGGAGCCCUUCAGGGGAUCAGGUUUUACCUGUACCCUGAACCGUCCCGUCUCUCUGACCCACAGGUUUGGAUGGAGGCAGGAUCUCAGAUCUUUUUUUCUUAUGGUUUGUGUACAGCCUGUCUCACUGUAUUAGGCAGCUACAAUAAAUACAACAACAACUGCUACAGGGACUGCUUGUGGCUUUGCCUUCUGAACAGUGGUACCAGUUUUGUGGCUGGCUUUGCUGUGUUCUCAGUGCUGGGUUUCAUGGCCCAUCAGCAGGGCGUCCCCAUUGAGAUGGUGGCAGAAUCAGGUCCAGGUCUAGCAUUCAUAGCUUAUCCACAGGCUGUAGCUUUGAUGCCUUUCCCUCAGUUGUGGGCUGUAUGUUUCUUCAUCAUGAUUAUUUUGCUGGGCCUAGAUACACAGUUUGUUGCGAUGGAGGUUUUUAUGACGUCUGUGACAGACCAGUUCCCCAUGGUGCUGCGCAAAGCUGGACGACGAGAAAUCUUUCUCCUGCUCUUCUGUCUUGGCUGCUUCUUUAGUCAACUUAUCAUGGUUACUGAGGGGGGGAUGUAUGUAUUCCAGUUGUUUGACUACUAUGGUUACAGUGGAGCAAGUCUUCUUUUCAUUGCUGUCUUUGAAUCUCUAGCCAUGGGUUGGAUCUAUGGUGCUGAGAGGAUGUUUGACAUCAUUGAAGACAUGACAAAGACACGACCCAACUACAUAUUCAUGCUGUGCUGGAAAUACCUGACUCCUUUUGUGUCCCUGGUGUCUCUUGUCUGCUCUCUGGUACAGUACAAGCCCCUGACAUAUAACCGCUGGUAUGUGUACCCAGACUGGGCGUAUGCACUUGGCUGGUUACUGGCCUUGUCCUCCAUUUUGCUGGUUCCUGUAUGGGCACUGGGCAGACUGAUUACUGAAAAAGGGAGCCUAAAUCAGCGCUGGCAUCACCUGUGUACUCCAGAUACAACCCUCCCUCUCACCUGUAAGCAGCUGGCUGAAAUACAGCAAAAAAAUUGUGCUGAAGAAAUGGAAGACUUAGUCAAGACAGAGGAAACUAACAAAAGUAUUCAAGAGAUUUGUGUUUAAUAAAAUCUUUCUUCAUUACUAAGCUUAAGGGUUAGCCUCUUAGACUCAAUGGGGUGGUUUUCCAGACAGGGUUUAUGUUAGUCCCAGACUAAAAUGCAUGUUUGAAAUGCCCUGAAAACUACUUAAAUGUCCUUACCAGAUGACUUGAAAAGCUGUGCGAUAGGAAUUAACUUCUGCCUUGCAUUUCUUGUAUAGCUACUUGUGAUUUUUCUGUCAUUAAAACCAUUCUCAUAUAGAGUAACACAGG